UUUUGUCGGCCCACUCUCCUGUUCUGCUUUACGGUAGUACAGCAGAUCCCACCCCAACCUCGCUCGUAUCGACUCUUCCCUCAUCCCCAAACUAUCCCAAACCCCACCGCCGUCACGCGUCACCGCGCCGCCCUCCCCAUGCAGAGCCACCGCUCAUCCCCCCUUCAUGCGCCUCCCCACGUGUCCUCCCUCCCCUGCGCCCUCCCUAUUUUUACCCCCUCCCUCCACCUUUCGUCCCACCCCGCCCCAACCCGUUCGACGAAAUUCCCCAACUAAACCCCUUCCAAUGGCAGAUUACGGCAGAGGAGGAGAUCGCGGACAAUACCAACAACAGCAGCAACAUCAAAAGCAACAAUCUACCGCGCAUCAACUACUGAAAGCCGUGACGGCGGUUGCCACAGGGGGCUCGUUACUAGCCAUCUCCGGGCUGACGAUGGCGGGGACAGUAAUCGUCCUGGCAAUCGCAACGCCUCUGCUGGUAAUAUUCAGCCCGGUGCUCGUCCCGGCGGCGAUCGCCAUCGCCCUGAUCAUAAGCGGCUUCUUGACUUCCGGCGGGUUCGGGGUGGCGGCGCUCUCCGUGCUGGCGUGGAUGUAUAGGUAUUUGGCAGGUCAACAUCCCGUGGGGGCGGAUCAAAUCGACCAAGCGCGUGCGAGGAUUGCGGCCAAAGCGAGGGAUAUAAAGGAGUCGGCGCAGCAGAAGGUCGAGCAUGUUACUUCUUGAUUUGGCGUUCCAUGUCUUUGUUAGCUUGUUUUGUUGCUUUGAUGUGUUGGGUUUCUUCGUCUAUUGUGGGCGAGGGGGCUUUGUGGAAGUGAUGUUUGAUGAGGAUGCAGUGAGUACGUGUACGUCGUUUGUGCUUUUAGCAGCUACGUUUGGUUUUGUAUUUUGUCAAGUGUUUGUUUUAAUGUCGUGCAUGUUUGAAUAAAUGCCUUUCAUCUCUUGGAAAAUAUUUUAGAUUUGUACGAA